AUGCUCUUCUCACUACCUUCUUCCCUCUCGGCACUCACAUACCUCCUCUCCUUCCCGUCCGCAAACGCAUACAAGCCGCUCUCGGACAGCUUUCUAAAGGCAAUACCAUCACCCGGCGACCUCUUCGACCACGAACACGGCGAAUUGCUUGCGCCAAUCCUCAUCCCCCGCGUGCCCGGCACCGCUGGCCAAACGACUACGCAGCAACACUUUGUAUCCUAUUUCCAGCGCGAGCUGCCCAAAUGGGACAUAUCCUGGCAGAACAGCACCGCGACGACCCCGACCUCAGGCGGCAAAGCGCUGCCUUUUCAGAACCUGAUAUUCAAGCGCGAGCCGCCGUGGGUGAAGCCCGGACAGUCCAACCUGCUCACGUUGGUUGCGCACUACGAUAGCAAGAUUGCCCCCAAGGGGUUUAUAGGCGCGACAGACUCUGCGGCGCCAUGUGCGAUGCUGAUGUGGGUUGCGAAGGUGGUGGAUCGACAUGUGCAAAGGAUGUAUGAUGAGAUGCAAGCACUAGAGGAGGGAGGGACAGUAGAGAUGGACAUGGGCAUUCAGAUUCUGUUGCUAGAUGGAGAGGAGGCAUUCCAGGCUUGGACAGACACCGACUCGCUGUACGGCGCAAGGAGUCUUGCAACCGAAUGGGCAGCGACGCGAAACCCCCCGUCUUCAAAAUUCUACCAAUACCGCACCCCACUCUCGCAAAUCUCCCUCUUCCUCCUGCUCGAUCUCCUCGGCUCCGCCUCCCCCAACGUCCCCUCAUACUUCCCCACCACACACUGGGCAUACAGACAUCUUUCCACUGUGGAGUCGCGCCUCCGCUCCCUCGAAAUCCUCGAAUCCAAACCUUCCACACUCUUCUUGCCCGAUGUCAACAUGACAAUGGCUGGCUAUGGAGGGAUAAGUGACGACCAUUUACCGUUCAUUCACCAGGGUGUCGAGGUGCUCCAUGUGAUCCCGAGUCCGUUCCCAAGGGUCUGGCAUACAAUGCAGGAUGACGGUGCCCAUUUGGACGGGGCGACGGUGAGGGAUUGGGCGAGGAUUGUUGCAGGGUUCGUGUUGGAGUGGUUGGAUAUGAUGGAGGUGUGGGAUGAGCCUGGGGCUGAUGGGACGAUGGUAUUGUAA